CUUUCCCAUGGCAAUCGAGGUAACUGUGGAGCGGACGGCGGGCAGCGCCGCAACGGUGCUCCCGGUCGACCGUCGGGAUGAUGACAAAGAAAGCGCGGCGGAGAGUGGGUCCGAACAACCCGUCACGAGAUCGCUCCCUACCAUUCCCUGCCUCAAGCAAGAAGCAGCGUCGCAGUACAAAGGCCGGUACUUGAUCUGGCCAGGAAUGUUCUUGUUGGGGGCGAUUGCCAUCGCUGGAGUCGUGCUCAUGGUGAUCUACAGCUGGAAUGCCCACCACGCAAUGAAUAGUCGCCGCUCCGAGUACAAUGCGCGCAUGGCGAAACGAUUUGCCAUUGGUGCAGAUAUCGACGACGGGUCCUUCGAUGGAAGUGGCGGUGAUGACGGCGAAUCCCCGCGCAAUCCCUCGACGUAUGGGAAUCGAGGAUGCGCGUUGCCAAACUAUGUGUCCACGAAAGGGCAGAUCUUUGCGUUGGGUCCGAAAGGCGAGAGCGUGCCGAUUGGCAUCAAGGGCAUCAACUGGUUUGGGAUGGAGACGGGGCUCGCGAUCCCGUUUGGGCUGUGGGCGAACGACGACAACGGCACGACCGUCUACGAAGUGGCGCGGUUCCUGGCCAAGAACCGAUUCAAUAGCGUGCGCUUGCCGCUGUGUGUUUCGCACCUCCUCACGAAUCGACGGCCCCAGCAGAACGUGAUCAACAUCGUCCAAAACAAAGCCAUCAACGCCACCACGUACAUGUCGACGCUGUCGUCGAUUGUGCAGACACUGGCAUUUCGCAAUAUCUCGGUGCUCCUCGACAUGCACUCGCUGACGUCGACGGACUCGGGCGGACUGCCAUGGACCAACGCCGCGGGUGAAAGCGCGUUCAUGGACGCGGUUGACGUGCUGACGACCCAACUGUGUAACGCCAAGCACUGGAACAUCGUUGGCCUCGACUUGAAGAACGAACCGCACUUGGCGACGUGGGGCGACGGCGGAGCGGCGGACUUUCGGCUCAUGGCGCAGCGGAUCGGCAACCGCAUGCUGACCAAGUGUCCGUCGUGGCUGGCGUUUGUGGAAGGCAUCAACACACCGCACACGAUCACAAUCGACGGCGAAACCUUUUCGUUCACGGACUGGUGGGGCGGCGGCCUCGAAGGAGCGAGCGCCAACCCGGUCGAGCUCGGCCUCGACAACAAGAUCGUGUACGCGCCACACUACUACAAUCCUGCCGUGUACCCGCAGCUGUACUACCUCAAGAGCGGCACGCGGGCCGGCGACACGAUCAUCGACUUCCAAGAAUUGGACGACGGAACGUUGGCGAAGCGCGUGCAAGUGACGAGUGAGUACAUGUUUGGCCACUUGCGCCAGUCCCAAGACGGUGCCAUUGUCUUGGGCGAGUUUGGCGGGUUGUACACGCAAGAUGCGCACCCGAUGCGAACGACCCAGCGCGCGACGGAGGCACUCAUCGAGAUCAUGAAGGAGCCUGGAUAUGCGGGAGGGUAUCUCUGGGCACUCAACCCCGAGUCCGCGUACCAAUUCAACCCGUCCAACAAACGUGUGACCGCCACGGAAGGACUGCUCGAUGUGACAUGGCUCAACGUGAAUGAGCCGUUCCUGAAAGCGAUGGCCGCGAUGGACUCGCUGCCGAACCUUCGAUCGUUUCCAUGCUUCCCGACUACGUAAGGAGGAUGCAAUCGAAGCCUACGUGUUGGUCCAUCG